AUGAAUGCUAAUGAUCUACAAAAUCUUGAAGACCAGCUAGAAACAAGUCUAAAAGGUGUUCGUCUAAAAAAGGACCAACUUUUGUCGGAUCAAAUAAGAGAACUCAAUCGUAAGGGACAAAUCAUCAAAAAUGAGAAUCAAGAGCUACAUAGUAUGGUAGAUAUGAUGCGUAAAGAAAAUAUAAAACUGCAAAAGAAGGUACAUGGAGGUACAACUGCGAUUGAAGGAAGUUCAAGUGUGGAUCGUGUAAGCAAUGGAACCGAAACAGAUGCACCACGGCAACGUCAACUCAUACAACACCAACCUCCUAGAGAAAAACCAAUAAAACUAGGGCUACAACUUUCCUAG